GUUUCAUCAGAUACAGCAUAUGCAGGUAACGGGCUAUGUUAUGGUAAAAGGAGGUUGAAAUGAUAUUGUGGUUAUGGGUGCUUUAGUGUUAUUUAACGUGCGCCACGAAUCAGUUAAAUUGUUUAAAAAACACGUUUUCAAACAUAGUUUAAUGUUUACUAGUCAACAUCACGUCAGGAUUCGGGUGUAUAAAGUACCGUUAUCACUAUUUCCUCCCACUAGUCUCUAUAUGUUUCCUCUGAUUGGGUUACCAGAGACAUUUCGUCCAAUCCGACCAAUUGCAACCAAACGUCGCUUCUUCUGGUUGUGGAAUACAGAGUUCUGGAUUUGGGAAUACUGCGUGAUCGUGAGUGUGAAAGAAUAUGUUUAAUACUUCGGUUCGGUUCUGCCUGGAUCUUUUUAACAACUUGACCUUGUAAUGUGGAAAAACGACAAGAACUGUCCUAAGCACGGCUUUGGAGUCUAUACAUUUAGUGCGAUUUGUGUUGAACAGAUAUAGCCAACACCUGGGGAAAUAUCUAAGUAUUUCUUCUUGGUUUGACGUAUCUCUGCUGGCCUCAGUAUGAUGAAGUUUAGGUUCCGAAGACAAGGAAAUGACCCACAGAGAGAAAAAAUCAAACAGGACCUCUUUGCAUUCAGCAAGAUGGUUGAACAUGGAUUUCCUAGUCAGCCUAGUGCCCUGGCCUAUGACCACAUGCUGCAGCUCAUGGCUAUUGGCACUAAAUCUGGAGCCGUGAAAGUAUAUGGAAAGCCGGAGGUGGAGUUUAUUGGUGCGCACAAAGAGACAGCCGCCAUCACGCAGAUGCACUUCCUGCCUGGCCAGGAAAAUAUAAGGGCUUGGGGGGCAGAGUGUGUUAGAGGUGCCCUGUCGCCCUCCUCCAGGUGCACGUUGCACCCAAACGACAGUGUGGCCCUGGAGGGGCCCCUGUCCCGUAUCAAGUCCCUGAAGAAAUCGCUGCGCCAGUCCUUCAGAAGGAUCCGGAAGAGCAGAGUUUCUGGGAAGAAACGUGCACCUGUAAGCAGUCCCGUCAGCAAGGUGCAGAAGCCCAGAGUUCAGCUCACAGAGCAGAUGAGGCCACCGUACGUGGGGGUGACCCCAGCACAGAGGCGGAUCGAACCCCGGUCUGCUGAUGACUCACUCUCUGGGGUGGUGCGCUGCCUGUGCCUGACUGACACCUACCUGAGAGACGGUAUGUCCCAUGGCCCCACCGUGUGGGCGGGCACGAGCUCGGGCACGGUGUACGCGUACGUGCUGGAGCUGCCUCCGCAGAAGUCCUCGGAGCGGGGCGUGGAGGCUGUGCUGGGCAAGGAGAUCCAGCUGAUGCACAGGGCCCCUGUGGUGGCCAUCGCUGUGCUGGACGGGCGGGGCGUCCCCCUGCCCGAACCGUACGAGGCCUGGCAGGACCUGGCCAAGGCCCCCGACAUGCAGGCCAGCCACUCCGUCCUCAUCGCCUCUGAGGAGCAGCUUAAGGUGUUCACGCUGCCCAAGAUAAGUGCCAAGACUAAGCUGAAGCUGACUGCACAGGAAGGCUGUCGGGUGCGUAAGGUGGCCCUGGCCAGCUUUGGCGGUACGUCGGCGGGGGAGUACAGCGAGGACGCCCUGGUGUGUCUCACCAACCUGGGAGACGUCCGCGUGUUCAGCCUGCCUGCGCUGCGGCCUCAGGUGCACUACGACUGCGUGCGCAAGGAGGACGUCGCCGGGAUCACCUCCUGCACCCUCACCAGGACGGGACAGGGUUUCUACCUGACUUCCCCCUCGGAGUUUAAGCGUUUCUCCCUGUCCACGCGGGCCAUCGUACAGGCGCGCUGCUCCCUAGAUGUGAAACGGCCCCAUGACUCACCUGCCCUCAGGGAUGAUGCAACAAUGGCUGUUCAGGCUAAUGGAACACACAAAGCGCACCCUGCUGGAGAGAGCCUGUCACUGCAGGAAGCAGAAGGAGUUCCAGAAGAGAUGCAGAGCUCUCUCUCCUCCCCCUCCCUGGACUCCCCCAGCAGCUGCGCUGACAUCACACUCGACAUCACUGGUGACAUCUCCUCUGAGGAUGUCAAAGAGUUCUUAGUCUCGGAGGACGAGACGGGUAAUAACUUCAGGAACGUCUCCGAAGAACCUGGAGUGCCGCCCGGGAUCCUAAUUAACUAAAGAGUCUCAAAGUAGACCACCGCCGACAGACCACUGCUGUUACUAUACAGCUGCUGGCUGACUGAAGUGGACAGACCGACUACAUUGGGAUGGACAGAUAUUAGAGUUCUCUUUUCUGUUUUCCUGAUCAGGUUUCUUUUAAAAGAAUCCUAUGCUGUGAAUCCUAUGUAGUCUCACCCAUGCAUUGGAUGAUCUGCUAGAAGCACAGGGAACAGGAGAUGAAUGUGCAGGACAGAGAUGGCAUUUGCUCAGGUAGAACACUUGCUGUGUACAUGUGUCACCAGCAUAGAAACUACAGUACUAGUGUUGCCAUGACGCCCGUCAAGGUCAAAUGGCUGAACCUUUCAAAGGAUAGUCUCUGUAGCGGUGCAGGUUUGUUAUUCCUUCUAUAGAAAGGCUUUUCUGACAGCCUGGAGAUCAGAGAAAAGUUAUUUUGGACCCUGUGGGUUUGAACAUAUUUUUUCUGUUUCACAUAACUCGUGCUGACUUGCCCAAGCUGAAGAAAGUUUUCUCAUCAUUUUGAGAUGGACUACAGUAGAUAUACUGUAGCUUUUUCUUCUUUGCAAAAAUUACAGUUGUAAAAUAAUGCGUUAUACAUAAUGAUGUAGUUCAUUUUUACAUACUGUUACUUUACUGGUAAACAUCAGGAAAUUAUUCGGUCAGUGUGUUGAAGUUUACCAUUGACAGAAAGAGUGCUCAACAAGACUUAAAGAAUUUUAGAAGACACCCGUCCAUCCAUCCAUUAUCUACACCUGCUUAUUCCUACUGAGGGUUGUGGGGGGGGUUCGAGCCUAUCCCAGUGUGCAUUGGGCAAGAGGCAGGAAUACACCCUGGACAGUUUACU